UUUUUCCCCAGUAAUUAUUUUGUUUUGUUAAAUGUACACCUUCUGCCUAAUAUAUACAUAACCCAAUAAAACAAAAUUGUUGUGGAACUCAAAAUGUUGACUGGACAGUUAUGGACUAUGCACAUGAAAUCAUUAGUAACUAGGAGUGUCAAACAAUUAAAAUUUUUAAUCAAGUUAAUUACAGCAUAAAAAAUAAUUAAUCGUAAUUAAUCGCAAUUCACACCAUCUAUAAAAUAUGCCAUAUUUUUCUGUAAAUUAUUGUUGGAAUGGAAAGAUGAGACACAAGAUGGAUAUACACAUUCAACAUAUGGUACAUAAGUACUGUAUUUGUUUGUUAUAACAAUAAAUCAACAAGAUGGCAUUACCAUUGUUAACAUUCUGUUAAAGCGAUCCAUGGAUAGAAAGACUUGUAAUCCUUAAAAGAUAAUAAAAUUUGUAAAAUUUUCAAUCAAAAAAUGAACUGGUAGCCCGCCAUUGUUAAUGCUAAUAAUUACUUACACAAUGCUCAUGGGUGCUGAAGCCUAUAAAAUCAGUCGCACCCAAGCGCCAGCAGAGGGCGACAAAACUCCGAAAAACACAACAAGUACACAUUUCACUGUGCUGUCAUUUUAAUGUUUGAGCGGGGCAUGUGCGUUAAUUGCGUCAAAUAUUUUAACGUGAUUAAUUUUUAAAAAUAAUUACCGCCCGUUAACGCGAUAAUUUUGACAGCCCUAUUAGUAACAUCAAAUAUUACAUCAUUCACCAAAGUAUAUCAGUAGCCGUGUCCUUAAGUCUUUCUUAUAGUUUUCCCCCUGAACUUUUUACUGCAAUAAUAUAAUGAAAACCUGAAAUUAUGGCUUUUAGUUUUGGCCACCCCAAGAUUUUGAGUGGCCCCAUCUGGCCACCCCUAUGAAAAAUUUCUGGAGGCGCCACUGGAAGGAUGAGCUCCUGUUUUGAAUCUUGGCUAUAGGUCGAUUUUAGAAAUAUUGCGCAGGUUAUUCUUAGUCGGCUACUGACCGACACCGAUGACUGAUUCCCUCUCUCCUUGGUGCCGUAUACGUAUCGGUAUCGUGCGGUGCAAGACUGCUCAUUAGUGCUACUAAGCCUUUUCAGUGGCUGAUCAGAUUGUUCUGCUUGUCCGUGGCAAGAGAGCGCAGGCGGCGUCAGUGGCAGCGGCAAGACAAAUUGCCUUCCGUCACUCAUUGGUCCUUUUGCUUAUUUGGACUUUUUGGGGGCUUAAAGUUGUCUGGAAUUGAUUGGACGCGCUCAAAACAACGGGCGUGUGGAGCCAGCGUGAGCGAGGAGGCAAAAAAACAAACUUAUUUGCUAUUUUUUUUCUCUCUCUCUGUGUCGGAAGGCCAAUUUUGACGUCUGCAAAUGACGGCGCAAGAGCACAAGCGCCGCUGAGGAUGAGGGCGGCGACGGCGGCGGCGGCGGCGGCGCUGUUCCUCCUGCUACUCCCGCUACUCCGGGCGCAGCUCCGGAACGUGACGCUGGCCGUCAUCCUGCCCGGGAGCAACACGGCCUACCCGUGGGCGUGGCCCCGGGUGGGCCCCGCCCUGAAGCGGGCCGUACGACGGGUCAACGGGGAUCCGGGCCUGCUGCCGGGCGCGCGGCUGAUCUACCGCUUCCGAAGCAGCGAGGACGUCAACGGCACCUGCUCCGAGUCGGUGGCGCCGUUGAUGGCGGUGGACCUGAAGCUGGCGCACGACCCGUGGGCCUUCCUGGGGCCGGGCUGCUGCUACACCUCGUCGCCGGUGGGCCGCUUCACCACCCACUGGGGCGUGCCCAUGGUGACGGCGGGGGCGCCGGCCGUGGCCUUCGACGACAACAGCUACCGCUCGGUGACCAACACGGGGCCCACCCACAAGAAGCUGGGCCGUUUCGCCGAGCGCGUGUGCCGCCACUUCGGCUGGCGCCGCCACAUCAUGCUGCUCUACGGCGACGACAAGUUGGACGACCGGCCCUGCUACUUCGCCAUGGACGGGCUGUACGCCGGGCUGCGGGGCGUCAACGCCACGCUGGUGCCCAGCGUCUUCGAGGAGCGCCUGGCCAUCAACUACACGCAGAUCCUAGAUGACGUCCAGUCCAGCAGAGUGUUGUUCGUGUGCUGCUUGCCCGACGUGUUCAGGAAAAUGAUGAUCCACUUCCGACGCGCCGACCUCCCCCACGAGCAGUUCGUCUUCUUCUUCAUCGACCUGUUCGGCGAGAGCCUCAAGUCGCGGCGGCCGUGGCAGCGCGGCGACGCCGACGACGCCGUGGCCAAGGAGGCCUUCCGGAGCGUGAAGAUCCUGACCUAUCGGGAGCCCCGGAACGCCGAGUACAAGGACUUCGUGGCCCAACUGAAGAAAGACGCCAAGGAUGAGUUCAACUUCACCGCCGACGACUCCCUGAUGAACAUCAUCGCGGGGGGCUUCUACGACGGCCUGAUGCUCUACGCGCACGCGCUCAACGAAAGCAUGACGGCGGGCGGCGAGCGGCCGCCGGGGAGCCUGGUCACCCGCCGGAUGUGGAACAGAACCUUCCACGGUGUGACCGGGACUUUGCGUCUCGACGAGAACGGCGACAGAGAGACCGACUUUGCUUUGUGGGACAUGAUGGACACCAACAGCAGUGUUUACCAGAUGGCGUUGGUGUACAACACUUUGGAGGAGAACCUGAUGGCCGUUCCCGGGACGGCGCUGCACUGGCCGGGCGGAGUCUGUCCUCCCGACGUUCCCGUCUGCGGAUUCAACAACGAUAACCCCGCUUGCCUCGCCCGGACCAUUACCAUCCGGCAGCUGGCCUCCAUCCUGGUCUUCUUCGUGUUGACCAUGACCCUGACGGUGGCCGUUUUCAUCUACAGGAGGAUGAAACUGGAGAAGGAGCUGGUGGCCGAGCUUUGGCGGAUCUCGUGGGACGACAUCCACACGGGCGACCCGGACAAAACCGGCGGCGGCAGGAUGACACCGUCUCUGAGAGGCUCCAACUACGGCUCGCUGAUGACGGACGGCCACGUGCAGGUCUUCGCAAAGACGGGCUAUUACAAGGGAAACUUGGUGGCCAUCAAGUACGCCGACAGGAAACGGGUGGAGCUCAAUAGGAAGGUCCUGUUUGAGCUCAAACACAUGCGGGAUGUUCAGAACGAGCACCUGACCCGCUUCAUCGGCGCCUGCGUGGACCCUCCCAACACCUGCAUCUUGACCGAAUACUGUCCCAGAGGCAGCCUGCAGGACAUCCUGGAGAACGACAGCAUCACACUGGACUGGAUGUUCCGAUAUUCUCUCAUCAACGACAUGGUCAAGGGCAUGGUGUUCCUCCACAACAGCGUGCUGAUCUCCCACGGGAAGCUCAAGUCUUCCAACUGCGUGGUGGACAACCGCUUCGUGCUCAAGAUCACCGAUUACGGUCUCAGCAGCCUGCGGGCCGAGAGCCCGGCGGCCAAGGACGCUCACGCCUACUACGCUCAGAGGUUGUGGAUGGCUCCGGAACUUUUGCGGAUGGAGUCGCCCCCUCCGCAGGGCAGCCAGAAGGGCGACGUCUACAGCUUCGGGAUCAUCCUCCAGGAGGUGGCGCUGCGCCGAGGCGUUUUCUACCUAGAGGGCGAGCCGCUGAGCCCCAAAGAGGUGGUGGAGCGCGUGGUGCUGGGCGAGUGGCCGUGCCUGCGACCGGCGCUGGACCCGCGCGCUCACAGCCCCGAGCUGGGCCAGCUGAUGCAGCGCUGCUGGGCCGAGGAGCCCACCGAAAGACCCGAAUUCAACCACGUCCGGAUGCUGCUGCGCAAGCACAACAGGGAGUCUCGGACCAACAUCCUGGACAACCUGCUGUCGCGCAUGGAGCAGUACGCCAACAACUUGGAGGAGCUGGUGGACGAACGCACGCAAGCGUACCACGAGGAGAAGCGCAAGGCCGAAACGCUGCUCUACCAGAUCCUGCCGCACUCGGUGGCGGAGCAGCUGAAGCGCGGCGAGACGGUCCAGGCGGAAGCCUUCGACUCGGUCACCAUCUACUUCAGCGACAUCGUGGGCUUUACCAGCAUCUCCGCCGAGAGCACGCCCAUGGAGGUGGUAACGCUGCUCAACGACCUGUACACGUGCUUCGACGCCAUCAUCGACAACUUUGACGUUUACAAGGUGGAGACCAUCGGCGACGCUUACAUGGUGGUGUCGGGGCUGCCGGUGAGGAACGGGAAGCUGCACGGGCGCGAAAUAGCCCGAAUGGCGCUGGCCCUGCUGGACGCCGUCACCACCUUCCGCAUACGCCACCGUCCGGACGAGCAGCUCAAGCUCCGCAUCGGAAUACACAGCGGUCCGGUGUGCGCCGGCGUGGUGGGCCUGAAGAUGCCUCGCUACUGUCUGUUCGGCGACACGGUCAACACCUCGUCCAGGAUGGAGUCCACUGGAGAAGCUUUGAAGAUCCACGUGUCAUCGGCGGCCCGUGACGUCCUAAGGGAGUCGGGCCACUUCCGCCUGGAGCUGCGAGGCGACGUGCAAGUCAAGGGCAAAGGCACGAUGACCACUUAUUGGUUGCUGGGAGAGAGCGACGACCAAUGACGGGCGGCUCCGAAAGUCCGCCUGUCACGUGACCGGGGAAAAUAAAAAACGGCCGGUUCCGAGCUUUGGACAUCCGACCGUCGAUGCGGGUCGCAACUGGAAACGGCGUGAUGAAGGACAUACAAAUGAGAUUUGAUUUCCUGUUUUGAAAGAACGCACAAGAAGUGGCCUUUUUUUUUCUUUUUUUUAUCAAAAAGCUUUAGUAACAAACCAGCAAAAAUGUCGCAAUAGUGCAUCCGUUCCCCGUCCACGUUCUUCUACCAUUCAUGCGAUGAGACGCUUGACGGCCCCCUUGAUGAAGUCCUUCCUGUCGCUCAGGUCGUGACCGGGAUACGCCCGGAACACCUGAAAACGAGCGAAAGCGGAUGAGCGGCCCGCCGAGGAAGAGCGAGCGUCCCCGGCGUCCUCACCAGCUGGCAGAUCUGCUUCAUGGUGGUCUUCUCCAGGUCGGCGUCUUUGAGGAGCGCGCGCACCGUCUCCGUCAGCCGCUCGUCACCGGGCGUCACGUCCGCGUCGUCGCCGCUUUGGGACGCGGCGUCGGGAUUCUGACCGACGGGGAGCGACGUCACAAAGAAGCCCUCGACGGUCUCGGACGGUUUUUACCUUCUUGGGCCGCUUCCUCUGGGGCGAAGUCUUCUCCGCUCUGGGGCGUUUCUUGGACGGCGGUUCGCUCGCCUGACGGAGACGUGACAACCGUGUGAGAUUCAGCCAUUGUACGAGUUGCAAGACACGUGUCUUAAUUUGAACUCACUCGCCGCUAUUGACAGCGAUAGAAAUGAAAUCCGUUUGAAUUCGGACGGCUGGGAUUUUAUUGCCAAAAACUGUGAUGAACGUCUAAUCUAUUUGGACUCGGACGACCAAUUGAAAGAUCAAGUGUUUCCUUAGUUUAGUAAGUGUUAUAAGGUCUGAUACACCAUAGUUAGCUGGGAAGUUGCCCUGACCAAGAUGGCCGCCACGUCGAGACUACAGCUCGCGAGCGUAUCUUUGUACCCGUUGAGUCCGCGGAACGUCCAAAUGACGAAACGACAACAGGUAUAAAGGUGCGCCUGUGCGGCGGCCAUCUUGUCAUGUGCAACUUCACCAUCAAACACAAUGAGUGGACACUGAAAUGAACUUGUAAAGUUUCCAACCAAUUGUCGGCGCUUCGAUCGUUGCCGUCCCUCCCGGUCCAAAUGAAUCGGACGUCUGUCGCCGUUAAAGGCAGUCUAUAAGUUGUUGUUAUAUCGUAAGUUGUUAAAAUAAAGUUCUUAGAAUAGUACAAAAUUUGUUUUUGUGUUUACUUAGCGCAUUAUAGGUGCUAAUACAUCAUAGUUAGCUGCCAUUGAUGAGAAACGUUGCCUUACCAAGAUGGCCACCACAUGGCUACUACAGCUCAUUAGCGUAUCCUCACACCCGUGGCGUUCAAGCAGCCUCCUAAUGACACGAUGACAAAGGGUCAUAAUGGUGUGCCAGUGUGGCAGCCAUCUUAGUAAAGGCAACUUUACCGUCAAACACAAUGAAAUGAACUUGCGAGUUUCCGAGUUUCCAACCAGGUUUUGUGUUCAAGAUGGUUUCAAACUAGCGGUAGCCUACUGUGAAGGGGUUCUGCGGCAACCAACGUUCCCUCUAAGCUGCGCAAUCGUGC